GUUGGAUUGGUGUUUGCGGCAUCUCCUCCUAUGGCCAUCAACCUGGAUGGCGCAGAGGCAACUAGACUGCCCGAGAUGUCGAAGGUUCCUUUAGAAAAUGUCUCUCUCCACCAGAGCCAGUGAUGUUGGGUAUCGUCAUUCUUUGGUCGUGGGCCAGACAGAGGGGAGCCUAUUCAAAAUAAGGUUUGCGGAUGCACCUUGUCAAAAAUGCGCCCUUUUUCUCAUUGGUGGACGCUGGCCUUUUGACAAGCUGCGCGCGGCUUUGUUUACUCGACGCCUGUCAGUCUUUGAAGCAGCAGCAGCAGCAACUGGUCAUGGUCGGAGGGCCGGAGGCCUGCGCGGGCACAGGGAUGAAUCCCUGGCGGUGGUGCGCUAUCUUCAUGUGUGUGCUAUUUCAGCCCACCAAGUGAAGUGCACACCUCCUUUCUUCCCUCUCCCUUCCACACUCUCUGGCCUGGCAGCUUCCCCUUCUUCGCAUUCCAAGCACUCCCCUCCCUUGUCCUGCUCCAGCUGCUCAUUCAUCCCAUCUCCCUUGCUCAUUCCUCAUCCUCCUCCAGCGACUUCACACCGUAAAGCCCAAGCCGCAAUCCUCCAAUUGCUCCCCUAGCCAAUGCCACUUCUCACUCGCUCCGGGCGCAUCAUCCUGCUCCUGGGACUCAAUAUCGUCGUCUUCCUGGCCGAGAUCAUCGUCGGCUACAAGACCGGCUCCCUCGCGCUCAUUGCCGAUGCCUUCCACAUGCUGUCGGACGUGCUUUCCCAGAUCAUUGCCCUCUAUGCCAUCCGGGUAUGUAUUUUGUUUCGCAGCAGUCGCUCGCCUCAUUUGACAGACAAGGGCAGCGUCUU